ACGUCGUUCGACAAAGGCAGUGCAUGCAAAACAGGUAGCAGCAGGACGACGAACCAGUGGACACGUGCAAUCCCCGCAGCGGUCACGUGACCAUCACCCGCUAUUGCGCAAAAGCUUCGCGGCAACAAUAAUGGAUGACGGAAGCUUCAAUUCUCAGUCUCCCUCACUUCCGAAUCUGUUCCUUCCCCUAGUGUGCCCAUCACACAAACUCCUCUGUGAGAAUCGUCGGGAGCAAGGGUUUAGGGUUUAAUUUGGGUUGUUUAAAUUUGUAAGAAAAAUGGAGGAUGGAAGCGCGAAGAAAUCAGAUAGCAAUAGCAAUAGCAAUAGUAUUAAAAUCCCCAUGGAAAUUUCGAUUGCUGAAGCGUCUGCUACGUUUCCUGGUUUCCGAUUCUCGCCAACCGACAAUGAAUUGAUUCAGUACUACUUGAAGAAGAAGCUUCAGGGAUCGGACGAGGGCGUUGCUGUGAUUCCUGAGAUUGAUAUCUGUGGAUACGAGCCUUGGGAUUUGCCAGCACAAUCCAUUAUUCAAUCAGAGAACGAGUGGUUUUUCUUUUCUCCUCGUGGAAGGAAGUAUCCGAACGGCUCUCAGAGUAAACGAGCAACUGAGUCAGGGUACUGGAAGGCAACGGGGAAAGAACGCAGCGUAAAGUCAGGAUCGAAGCUGAUUGGCACGAAGAGGACUUUAGUCUUCCACACAGGCCGGGCACCGAAAGGGCAGAGGACAGAGUGGUUAAUGCAUGAAUAUUGUACGACUGAGAAAUCGCAGGAUGCAAUGGUCGUCUGCCGCCUUCGAAAGAACGGUGAUUUCCGUUUAACCGACAACCCUAGAAGUCCUAUGAACGAACGGGAUUUGCCAGCGGCAAACGACAGUACAACCACAGUUGCUUUAUCUGACAUCGAACAGCCGGGAGUGCAGGAUGGAGUCGGAAAGGUAGCAGAGAGCUGUUCAAAAGAGUGUAGCAGCAGCUACUAUUCCCAUUCCGUCGAUUCCGAAUCCGACGAUAAACGGACAAGCACAUUCUCUCACACUGAAUGUUCUAGCGUCGAGAAGUGUAAUCCCGAGGAAGAGGAUUGUUACGCCGACAUAAUUAAGGAUGAUAUAAUCAAGCUGGACGAUUCUUCGUUAAAUUCGAAUCCCGUCGUAAAAACCGAGUCGAAAAUGAAGUCGCCGCAGACUGACGAGGCUACGCCUUCUUCCCAUCCUAUACAAGGAACUGCCAACCGGAGGCUCCGGCUUAAAAGGCAGAGUAUAAAACGUAAUAAGUCGAACAGAAACGGUAAUGGUAUUCCUUCGACUUGUCCGGAUUUGGUCUCUGUGAAGGCGGCCGGAAAUUUCGGAAUCAGAAGGGUCAAAUUCCAGUCCAUAUUCAUGUUUGUGGUAAUGCUAAUCUUGCUAAUACUGUUUGUAUUGUCCUUGGAGAGAUUCAUGGAGUCCGACGAGGUCGGAGAUGCUUCCAAGCUUGCGACAUCCCCCGGGGAAUCCUCGAUUUAGUAUAAGAAAAAUGGGUUAACAAACCUGGAGGGUUCGGCGCGGGACGGGUCCUCAGGCAGGGUUGAAGCUAGGCGGGUCUUGGGUUCUAAUAUUUUCUAGCAGGGCGGGUCCCGGGGUCUUCAAAAUCGGUCCUGAAUCUGCCCGUUGAUAUCCCUAACGUUUAGCUCCAUCAAUUGUUCUUAUUUAAUGGUAUAAGAUCUAAAUGCGAUUAAAUUGCGAAUAAAUUUCAUAAUCUAUAUAUCUAAAUUGUUGAAAUUACAAAUAUAUUAAAAUUCA